AUAAGAACUUCAUCAUUCUCUCAGAGACACACAAGGGUUAUAGGAAAAAGAGAAGGGAGAGAGAAAGAUAUAUAGAGAUAGAGAGCUGAUCCAUGGCUUUUAAUCAUGAGGCAACCAUACAUGGCUUUCCAUGAGAGAGCUCUUUGAUCUCCUUAGAAAUCGAACCCUAUUCCUACUUUUGAUUUGUUCUUGAAUCUCUUCCAAGAAUUCCUCAGCGGCAGUUGAGGGAGGAGAGCCAGCUGAGAGAUCUAAAGAACUAAAGAGAGGUACUAAAGAAUGUUCCCUGCAGCUUCCAGGAAGCCGCCAUCUACUUCUAUGAAUUCUGCUUCGCAUGAGAGGUCUCCCAUGUGUGUUCAAGGCGACUCCGGCCUCGUCCUCACCACCGACCCCAAGCCACGCCUCCGCUGGACGGCCGAGCUCCAUGACCGCUUCGUCGAUGCCGUCAACCAACUCGGUGGCCCAGACAAGGCCACGCCCAAGACGAUCAUGAGGGUAAUGGGGGUCAAAGGUCUUACUCUCUAUCACCUUAAGAGCCACCUUCAGAAAUUCAGACUCGGGAAGCAGCCGCAUAGAGAAUUCAACGAUCCGUCACUUAAGGAAGCAAUGGAUCUACAUAGAAACACAGCCUCUUCAUCCCGAAUAAUGGGUCGAAGCAUGAAUGAGAGUUUGCAUGGCACAGAAGCCCUCAGAAUGCAGAUGGAAGUCCAUAGAAGAUUGCAUGAGCAAUUAGAGGUUCAGAAACAUCUGCAAAUAAGGAUCGAAGCCCAAGGGAAGUACAUGCAAAGCAUAUUGGAGAAAGCAUAUCAAACACUCGCAGCAGAUCAGGGCUUGGGCUACAACAAAGAUCAGGUAGGAGGGGAUCAAGUAGGGUUUGUUCAAGACACCAUGGGCUUCCACGAUCUGCAACUUUUCGGUGGCGGAGACCUGCAUCUUGAUAACCUGCACCAAGUGCACUUGAAUCAACCUCUUGAUCACGGCCUCUACUUGACUCCCAACGACCACCCUAGCUCAGCCCUGAUCGGUAAGAAAAUUAUGGCUACGUCUCAUGAUCCCUACAUUACUAACCCUAACGAGAAGAGCCCGUUUAAUUGGGAUGACGAGGACGACGACGAUGAUAACCUUCACGUCGGGAAACAAGAAGAGCUUCAUCAGAACAUUGGCAAUAUUGCACCGGGGUUGAUCGAUGCUGCCGCCGCCAACGGCCGGCGCAUGGUCGUCGAUGUCUAUGAGGCAAAACCAAUGAUCUCGAAUGCGGGCGGCUCGGAGGGAUCCACAAAAAUGGAUAGACCAUCUCCAUUGCGAGAUCACCCUCUUUCCAUGGAAGGUAUCAACGCCAUGUUAAUAGGAGGCAGCUUUGCCCAGUGAAAGAAGCUCGUCUAAUAUAAUUAUGCAUGCUUCGACAUUAAUAAGGACAUAUAGUGAUUUCCGGGGUAUUCUUUUAAACCACAAACUAGCUAGCUAAUUAAUUCAGUUUCAGAAAAUUUCUGAUCUUGAGUAUCGUACGACGGUACAAGGACAUUAACUACUUGGUGUUUGUUUGGGAGCGAGUAAUUAAGAGCUUAAUUAGUUAAUUAAUGUAUGAAUCUUCUUUGCUUUCAUUAGAAUUGAAAAGCAUGCAUGAGUGUUCUUGAGUGCCACAAAAAGAAGCGAAGCUUCCUUGCGUUUCUUCUCUGGGUCUACUGCGCGCGGUUGCAGUAUCCGAGGUGCAUUUAUGCUCGUUGCUUUUGUUCUCCGGCACAUCCUCCGGUCCACUAGCUAGUGUUCGAAUUAAAGUGGCUGCUGCAACGAAGAGAAGCUUCCUCGAGAGACUCAACGAUAGCUUGUUCUGUCUAACCUUUAUAUAUAUCAUCUUUAUUUAUUCUGCUUUCUAAUUGUAUUUUGAUGUGUUGGGUUGGGUGGAGAGCUUUUUGUAUCCCUACUUGCUCCCUCUCAUGUUUCUUCAUUUACCUGCAGUCAGUCAAUGGAGGUUUCAGAACAGUCGUCGCUUUUAA